GCUCCGGUCCCGGCGGCAGAAAUAGGGCAGCCGCGGCGUCCGUCGCACAGCAGCGGGCAGCGGCGGCUCAGAGAGCUGGAGCCGCGACAACCUCCAGGGCGCCCGGCACCCGCCGACCGUCAGAGAGACCGACCGAAGGACGCGGGGCCAGGUCGCGCCACCGCUGCCGCCACGGGGCGCUCCCGCCUGCCCAAGUCCGGCCACCUGGUCUUCUCGGCCCCGGCCGCCUCAGACUCAACAAAAUGAAACCAGGACACGUUUGGCUGCAUCUUGCACUGCUCGGGGCCUCCCUGCCAGCUGUGCUGGGGUGGACGGACCCAGGAACAAGCAGAGGCCUGAACGUGGCUGUGGAGGAGUCGCGGGCAGAGGAAUCCAGAAGCUUUGAAGUCACAAGAAGAGAAGGGCUUUCCGGCCACGAUGGGCUGCCGGCGUCCUGCGGAAAGAAGCUGUGUAGCCGCGGGAGCAGGUGCAUUCUCAGCAGGGAGACGGGGGAACCCGAGUGCCGGUGCCUGGAGGCCUGCAGGCCCAGCUACAUGCCCGUGUGCGGCUCCGACGGGAGGCUUUAUGAAAACCACUGCGAGCUCCACCGUGCCGCGUGCCUACUGGAGAGGAAGAUUGUCGUCGUCCACAGCAAGGACUGUUUCCUUAAAGGUGACCCAUGCACCAUGGCCAAUUAUGCCCGCCUGAAGAAUGUCCUUCUGGCGCUCCAGACCCGCCUGCAGCCGCUCCGAGAAGGAGACAGCCCACAAGACUCUGCCUCCCAGAAGCGCCUCCUGGUGGAAUCUCUGUUUAAGGGCUUGGAUGCAGACGGUGACGGCCACCUGAACAGCUCUGAACUAGCUCAGCACGUGCUGAAGGAGCAGGACUUGGAGGAGGGCUUCCGAGGGUGCUCGCCGGGCGACCUCCUCCGAUUUGACGACUACAACGGUGACGGCGGGCUGACCCUCCGCGAGUUCUACACCGCCUUCCAAGUAGUUCAGCUCAGCCUCACCCCCGAGGAGAGGGUCAGCGUGGCCACAGUGACUGUGGGACUGAGCACAGUACUGACAUGCGCUGUCCGAGGAGACCUGCGGCCACCCAUCAUCUGGAAGCGCAAUGGGCUGGCCCUGAACUUCCUGGAUUUGGAAGACAUCAACGACUUCGGAGAGGACGACUCCCUCUACAUCACCAAGGUGACCACCAUACACAUGGGCAAUUACACCUGCCACGCCUCCGGCCACGAGGAGCUGUUCCAGACCCACGUCCUGCAGGUGAAUGUGCCGCCUGUCAUCCGCGUCUAUCCCGAGACACAGGCCCAGGAGCCGGGGGUGGCGGCCAGUCUAAGAUGCCAUGCAGAGGGUAUUCCUAUGCCCAGAAUCACUUGGCUGAAAAAUGGCAUGGAUGUCUCAACCCAGAUGUCUAAACAGCUCUCCCUGUUAGCCAGUGGGAACGAACUUCACAUCAGCAGCGUCCGGUACGAAGACACCGGGGCGUACACCUGCAUUGCCAAAAACGAAGUGGGCGUGGACGAAGAUAUCUCCUCACUCUUCAUUGAAGACUCAGCUAGAAAGACCCUUGCAAACAUUCUCUGGCGAGAGGAAGGUCUCAGUGUGGGGAACAUGUUCUAUGUCUUCUCCGACGAUGGCAUUGUCAUCCUGCACCCCGUGGACUGUGAGAUCCAGAGGCACCUCAAACCCACUGAGAAGAUCUUCAUGAGCUACGAAGAAAUCUGUCCUCAAGGGGAAAGAGAUGCCCGCCAGCUGUGCGAGUGGGUGUCAGCAGUGAACGUCAGGCAUCGCUACAUCUACGUGGCCCAGCCGGCCCUGAGCAGAGUCCUCGUGGUCGACGUUCAAGCCCAGAAAGUCCUCCAGUCCAUAGGUGUGGACCCUCUGCCAGCUAAGCUGUCCUAUGACAAGUCGCAUGACCAAGUGUGGGUCCUGAGCUGGGGGGAUGUGCAUAAGUCCCAGCCAAGCCUCCAGGUGAUCACAGAAGCCAGCACUGGCCAGGGCCAGCACCUCAUCCGCACACCUUUUGCAGGAAUGGAUGAUUUCUUCAUUCCCCCAACAAACCUUAUCAUCAACCACAUCAGGUUCGGCUUCAUCUUCAACAAGUCUGUGCCCGCCGUUCACAAAGUCGACCUGGAAACCCUGAUGCUCCUCAAGACCAUCGGCCUGCGGACACACGGCUGCCUGCCCCAGGCCAUGGCCCACACGCACCUGGGCGGCUACUUCUUCGUCCAGUGCCGGCAGGACGGGGCCACUCCCGCGGCUCCGCAGCUGCUAAUCGACAGUGUCACGGACGCCGUGAUCGGCCCCAACAGUGACGUGACGGGCACCCCACACACGUCCCCGGACGGGCGCUUCGUGGUCAGCGCAUCCGCCGCCAGCCGCCAGCUGUACGUGCAGGAGGUCACGCUGCGCGGGGAGAUGCGGACCCUGUACAACCUGAGACUAAGCCAGGGCAUCUCAGACGUGGCCUUCCAGCGCUCCUUCGCCCAGAGCAAUCAGUACAACGUGUACGCCACGCUGGAGGCGCAGCCGGCGCUGCUCUUCCUGGAGCUGGCCACCGGGAAGAUGGGCGAGCUGGAGGACUUCAAGGAGCCGCCCGCGGGCCCCGCCCGGCCCUGGGGAGGGCCCCGCAGGAUCGUCAGGGACAGCGGGCUGUUUGGACAGUACCUCCUCACGCCAGCCCGAGAGUCACUGUUUCUCAUCAACGGGCGACAAAACGCACUGCGGUGUGAGGUGUCCGGCAUCAAGGGGGGGACCACAGUGGUGUGGGUGGGCGAGGUAUGAAGGAGGCCGGCACAGAGCCUGGGCCACAGGGCCCCCACUUCAUCCUGUCACCGCAGCCCCAAGCAGGCGCUUUGUACAUUUUUACAGACAAAAGCAAAAACCUGUAUUCGCUUUGUGGUUCAACACUGGUCUCCUUGCAAGUUUCCUAAUCUAAGGUAUGCGCUGCUAAACCAGACUGGGGUUGUUUUCGUUAGGAAGUAGGAGGUAUGCCUUGAGCUACGAUGAGAACCCAUGCUGCUGUGUAAAGGAGUCAUUUCUGUGCCCAGCUACACACCAUGUUACCUGGGGACGCCGUGGGACGGAGAGCUCGUGCUUUCCAGGCAGACACUUCCGACGGUUGCCUUCACGUAUUCAUUUUCCUUUACCGCCAGAUCCAGCCAGAUUUCACCCUGAUGGAGUGGCCUGAAACCAGGCCUGGAGACUCGGGCCCACCAGGAGCAGGGGCUUCCCCUCCUGGCACAAGAGCCACAUCUGUCCUCGCUCUGCACCUUUUUUCUCCUUUGCAGCUGCUUCUUGCUUUUCUUUCCAUUUGACUUGUUGUAAGCCUGAGAGAGAGCCAACAAGACUAUUGCAUCUUGGGGGAAUGGGGAAAUCACUCACUUUAUUUUGGAAAUUUUGAUUAAAAACUAAUUUUUUAUAAUCUCAAAUGCUAGUAAGCAGAAAGACACUCUCCGAGGUCCAGCUCUAUUCUUCCCUGCCUUAGGCCAAGGCUCUGAGAGUCACCACCCCACAUCCCACAGCCAGAAAGAACAAGGGUCAUCAGAGAAUAACAGUCCUCCAUACCACUGACACCCCAAAGCACAGAUCAGGCCACCCCAUUGGUAAAGACUCCAUUCUGGGUUGGGACCCCAAGAGACCACAACAAACCCUGCGUGCCUGCCUUUCACCACCGAAGGGGGAUAUUUAGUAGCCAGAUUCAGGGCAGUCUGAGCUUGCCUGGCAAGGUGUGAGUAGCCUGCAGAAUAGUGACCUCCAGGCUCAAUGCAGAAAGCCCCAGAACACAAGUGGGGUCCAGGCGGCUUCCUUAGGCGAUCCCCUUUAAAAACUAGUUUCUUUUCUGCCUGUGGCCCUUGCACUCAGCUCUCGUGCCCCAGCCUCUGCAUCAUCACAGAACAGUUAGUACAGUUAAGUGUUUGCAGUAAAUGUUUCGUCUUACACACAGGCCUCUCUCUCCCCCUUCAUACACCCUUUAAAACGCAGAAUCCGAAGGAUGCAGCUGGUUAUUAUCCUGCUGAAUUAUUCCCAAAUGUCUCAGGCUGUGGUGGGCUCUCAGACGUAUAACCCAACCAGCCCUGUAAAGACUUCCUGUGUCAGAGACUCUCAGGAAGGAAGAGGCUCCCUUGGGCUCUCAGAACACCCCUUUCCUUCUCAUUCACAUCAGUGGCCAAAUCACUCUGGUAUGCUUUCUGGCUUGAAUGCCAUCUGGCGUUGGCAGAGGUGGUCCCAUCACAGAUACCUUAGCUAGGUUAGCCCUUUCACCUGCCAACACGGUCAUGAUUUUCCUGUGCUGCUGAGGAAUGGGCCCCUUUCAGGGAAAGGAAGACACAGACCCUGCUCACUCUACAUACACACAGCUCCCUUUCACUCCCACCUGACUGCCCAACCCGCCUGGGCCCCACCCCCCCAUACAUACA